AUGUGUUAGUUGCAAUGAUUUUCUUGAAAGUUAGGUUUCCAAACGAACUUGUUGAAGUGUUCAGCUUAGAACAAAAUGCAACAGGUGACCGCCUACCGCUAUUCCACAAUCUCAAGCGCAGUCGCACAAGUCCAUCACAACCUUUGAUCACCAUAGCAACGCAAACAUAGGCCAUACAAAACAAUCCCCGUUCAUUCCCACAAAAACGGGAUUUCUUUCCUAAUUCAAUCCUAACGAAAUUCGCCCCCGAAAUGGAGCUAGAACUGACGCGCGUCGACUACACCAACGUUGGAUUAACUGGACCAAACAGCCUGCAGCUGUUGCCUCCGAGCGCCAGCACUGCGUCCAGUAGCGGCGGCGGGCACAAGCAGCAGCAGAAAGUGGCCAUCGGCGACCAGGACGGGGUGCUGCAGCUGUUCUCCAUGAAGAAGGACGAGCUGCAGGUGCACUUUAAAACGCUGCCGAGCGAAAAGAUAGCCUCGGUCAAGCUGGGCGGGCAGGCGGGCUCGGUGGCGGACAAAAUUUUCACCGCCUCUGAGAACAAGGUGCGUGGCUUCAACAAGAAGGGCAAACUGUUCCUCGCGUUCGAAACGAGCCUUACCGAAACGAUACGCUCGAUGUGCGUGAGCGGGAGUGAUCUGCUGGUGUGCGGGAAUCACGUGUACAACCACUACCGGGACUGCAAGGAGGUUGGGUCGUACCUGUGCGGGGACGUGAUAGUGGACGUGGCGGCGCUUUGCCCCAACAACACCAGCCGGUUGAUAACGGUGCUGGCCUGUUCGGGGCGUGUGUUGCGCGUGCUGGAGCAUGCCCGUGUGCGCCAAACGCUCGAGCUGGAAAGUGUGCCGACGGUGCUGUACGUACCGAAGGGCAUAGGGGAUCGAAUUCUGUGCGGCUUUUCCGACGGGAGUGUGAUACUGUUUCAUCUGAAUCUGCUGUCGACGGAGGUGAAGCGAGAGGUGCUGGUUGCCGACCGGGAAGGGGAAGGAAUACUGAGCGCGGUCACCUGUCUCGCGACGUACGAUCUUUCCGGCGACGGCAAGGAAGAGUUGAUCGUAGGACGGCGCGAUGGCACGCUGCAGGUAUUCGCGAUGAACUCGGACGAGUAUCAGUUCGAGAUGGAAUGUACGCAGAUCUAUCGCGACAACUUCAGCGAAAGCAUAUCGGCCCUGCAGGGCGGCUGUGUCGGGGCCACCAACUAUACCGAGAUCGUGGUCUGCACCUACUCGGGCCGCAUCUUUGGCCUGACGACGCAGUGCAUUAGCAAAAGCUUGGGCGACAAUGGGUCGCGCAGCGCGGAAAAGCUCGCCGGCACACCGGUCGAUACGUCCGCCAAGCUGCAGCGCAUACGGGCCGAGAUUUACGAGCUCGAGCAGACGAUCGCGAAGGAACGGGAGCGCUAUCAGCUCUCCACGCAGGCACUGUCGUCUGGGCUCUCCGCAAUACCGAUGCUACCGAUAAACGAUGCGUUCCUUCUGUCGAAGGACGACGCAACGUACCUGCUUUCGCUGGAAAUACCGACACCGAUCGAGCACGUGCUGCUGCAAUGUGAUGCACCGAUCACGCUGCUGGAUGUGGAGAAAAAUACGGCCGUCGUGAGCUUCAGUGAGUGCGAUAAGCUGAGCGGCAACAGUUUGCUGGCGAGCUACCGGUGCCAGUUGAACACGAACCGGAUCGAUCUCAAGUUCCGCACGAUCGAGGGUCAAACCGGUACGCUGCAGGUGUACAUCACGCCCAACCUGCAGCCCAAGUGUUGUCAGCUGAAGCGAUAUCCCAUAGCGCCACUGUCGCUGCACAUGAUCGUGCAUAAUGCGACGGACGAAAUGUUGGCCCGGCCAAUGAACACGCUAACGUUGCGUGGCCCUUUCAGUCAGGCGGAGAUGCACAACUGGAUGAUCAACAGCAUCCCCGAGCUGCCGGAGAAGCUGUACGAGAGUGGUAAGGUGGCGUACACGUUUCGGCACGUCUUCAUCGGUACGCUGCUCGUCUGCGAGUACGGCAAGGGGGAGGCCACGUUUCGGAGCGAUAACAUUUCCACCAUCUCGAUACUGAAGGACUUCAUCACGAAGGAAGCGACGAAGAAGCGUAUUAAGCUGGAAAUCUCUACGUCUAUAAACGAGUCAACGAUACCUUCCCUGAUCAAGCUGAUCGAGCCGAUGAUUUUACACUACAACAAACUUACCAAAGACUAUCAGCUGGCCCAGGCCCUGCUCGAUCUGGACAUUCGCGACGACGACGAGUUUAACACACUGUCCGAGGAGUACCGGUCGCUCAUCCGCAACCAGCAGGCGAUCGGUGCCGAGUUCCGCAAGCAGCCGACGAUACUGAACCGGAUCUACGGCAUCCUGACCGAUCUGUACAUCGACAAGUUCAAGUUCAAGGGCGUGAACGUGAAGACGAAGCUGCCGCAGCUGAUCGAGCUGCUGGAAAACUACUCCUACGACGAGCUCGUUCAGUUCUACAGCGUUGUCAAGGCAGGCGACGAAGAGCUCGGUGACGGUUAGAUGCGCGCUUUCGCCGGUUCGAUUUAGUUCGCUUUCUUUUGCAGCACCACGCACCAGUUGCCCUGAUCGUAGUAGCUUUCCAGCAGCACGAUGCUGUCCCCGCCGCUAGCGAGACAAAGCUUCUCCAGCUCGUGCUCCUCGAACACGUGAUAGUAGCGUAGAAAGGUGGCCUUUUCCGUCGACUCGCUCGACCGUAGCUUCCACGGUACGAGCAAAUCUUGGUGCUGAAAUUGUGUCCUAUUGGUGUGGACGGGUAGCGUACAGUCACCCGCUCCCGAAACCCUUUCCAGCUGUACCGGCUGGGUGUCGGGUGGGGUUUCCGCCACGUCCUCGGCGGGUGGUUUGUUGUUCUGUUUGUUCUGCCGUAGGUAGCUGGAUUUUUUCGCAUUAGCUUCCUGAUUUUUGGCCCACACGUAGAUCAGCGCCCGGCUGCCGGGGCGUAGCACUCGUAUCAUCUCGGAAAUGGCGCGCUGUCUGCGUUCGUCGGUUGCUAGAUGGUGAAUGACGGCUAUGCUAAUGCAAGCAUCGACCGAUUGGUCGCGGAAGGGAACCGCAAGACAGUCGCACUGGAGCACGUUAAACCCUCGUUCAAUGCAAACCUGGAGCAGCCCCUCGCUACGAUCACAACCGAGCUGAAGGUGGAGAAAGUAAGUGAAAUUCAUGAGUGAAGUCAAAUAAUUGUACAAUAAAUUUACGCCUUACCAACACA